AUGCCCCACGUGGUGCUAGGGCUCCGGCUGGUUGCUGUCGGUUUCCCCAGGCCCCAGAUACACGCAGAGCCCGCCAGUGCCCCUGACACAUCUCUGCCCUUGGGCAGCACCCAGAGAACAGUCAAUGCCUCCCAGAGGCACCUCAACCCCCAGGGCCAUGCCUUUGUCCCCUCCCUAGGCUGCUCUCUGGGCUGGGAGGUUGGAGGAGGACAGUGUCGAACAGCAAGCAGGGCUCUGUCCCCAUCCCUGGAGCUGCUGCCCACGGAGGGCACCCUCCCCCACCCCCCUUGCUCACGGGCUUCCGGAACCUUCCACAGGCGGCAUGAGUGGGAGAAGCACGGAACCUGUGCGGCCCAGCUGGACGCCCUCAGCUCGGAGAAGAAGUACUUCGGCAAGAGCCUGGACCUGUACAAGACGCUGGGACUCAACAGCAUGAUGCAGAAGCUGGGCAUCAGGCCGUCCACCAACUACUACCAGGUGGCCGACAUCAAGGACGCGCUGGCCAGCAUCUAUGGGGUCGUGCCCAAGGUCCAGUGUCUGCUGCCCAAGCAGGGUGAGGACGUGCAGACCCUCGGCCAGAUCGAGCUGUGCUUCACCAAGGAGCUUGUCCUGCGGAACUGCACAGAGCCCGGGCCUCAGGGGUCAUGGGGGGCGCGGGGGACGGGGGGUACCCAGGGCCUGGAGGUCUGCGAGGACGGCCCGGUCUUCUACCCACCGCCCCCGGGGUCCCACCCCUGAGGUCCAGGCUCUCACUGCCCCUCCAGAAGCACCUCAGGCCUCCCAAGUGCCCUUAUCUCUGCUGUCACCCCUGUGGAAGCUGCUGGGAGCUGGGGGGCACAGAGGAAGGGCCCCCAUAUCCGCUGGGCCACUUGGUGGUGGGAAUAAAUCGGCCCUGGCCUCCUGUCUGCUCGUGGGGAUUCCCGGGGCUGAGGGAUGAGAGGUGGCCAUCUGGCUCUGGGUCAGGGCUGCUCCCCCUCCCUGAGUCUCAGGCCCCUCUGUGACUGUCUCCUCCCUGGUUGGUGCAUCUUGCUGUCCCCCAGGGAGGUGGCAGCACAGUCCCCCACAGCACCUCCUGGUGUCCCUGAGGCCGGGCUGGCCCCCUUCCACGGAGUGGGGGGCUGGGGGGUGAAGAGAUGGGGCUGUGCAGAGUGGGGGUGGGGCAAGUCGAACCCUAGUCAGCUCCCACCGCUUUCACUUUCUUCCCUGGGGCCUGAGAGCAGGACCUGAGGGGGACGUGGGUACAGUGCUGAGCCCCCCACUCAAUGCCCCUGGAUGUGGGACUGUCCCCUGUCCUCCGGACCCCUCCCCCCAUCUCACUCUGGGGGCCUUGAGCAUGGCUUUCUGCACAGGUGAGCUGGGGCCUGCAGGCUGGCCCUCACCUGCCAGGUGUAGGGGUGCUCCGUCUGCCGGGGGUGGGGAAGGGCACCCAGCUCUGGGCAGCGGGCAGUGGGCAGACGACAGGCGUGGUCUCCCCUCUGACAUCAUCCCCUGGUCCGGCCCAGCGUGAAUGUUCUCCCCUGUUGUAUUAAAGCUCAGCCCACUCAUC